AUGUCAACCCUUCCACCAUUGAUACGUGUUUGCCGAAAAAGGACAGCCGAUCCCCAUUCGGCACUCCUCGUCUCCGUUAAAAGAGGACGCGUCGAUGGUGGUGAAGGUGGCCUUGAUCCAUUGUUGUUCUCCCUGUGCGCCACACAAGAUUCGCCGAAUGUGCCCGAAAAUAUUCGAGUAAUCGACUAUUCUCAAGUGAGACCACCGGUAGACGAGACGGCUUCAUUUUCAAAUGUUUUAGUUCAACAGAUUGACGAAACCGAGCAACCACUCGCGCUCUUUCAAAACUCGAUUGGAGAGGCGUCAAGUUCUCGGCACGUCGCUCCGCAAGAUGUGAUCACGUGCAAUGGAGUGCCGAUGCUACGAAUGGGCCCCAACGAGAAUGAUAUCGUUUACGAUUUUUAUGAAAUGCGAAAGGGGGACGCUGAUGCGGCUUUUCAAGAGACCGAUUUUGAGAUGCGAUUCAUGUCACAGGAAGAAUUCAAUCUAUGGAUGGAGUCCGGCUCGGAUUCGGAUGACAAUUGUGCGGACGAUGAUGAGGAUUCGAAUGAUGAGAAUAAUUGGAGAAACGAGUAUCCGGAAGAGGAAUCGCAGAGCGAUGAGGAUGAUGACACGUAUUCGGAUGGGGAACCUGAUGAAUGGGAUGCGAUUGGAAUGCAACGAUUGAGAAUACGGGAUGAUGAUCACCACGAUCACGAUGUUGACACCGACGAGGACGAUGAGGACGAAUAU